AUGCAUCUACUACUCCAGGCCGUGAGGUUCUCCGCCUCCCUGGCGAUCGGUGCGAUCCUUCUGCCAUCGGUUCUUGCCGAGCCGCUCGCAGCAAGCGUUGGCUUGACUCGAAGCCGCUCGCAACUUACAACGCAACUACCCCAGUGUUCGGUAUCAUGCUUCGAAUCCGCCGUCACCAACUCGACCUGCUCUGCAUCAGACCUGUCAUGUAUCUGCCAAAACCAGAGCGAAUUGUUGCUCACGUCGGCAUCAUGUGCCCUCACCAACUGCACGAUAUCAGACGAACUGAAGACCGAAAAGGUCAUCAAGACGGCAUGUGGAAUAACUUCCCGUAAUGAUGGCAACAAGGAUCGGGCCAUAUAUUGGAGCCUCUUCGCCGUUACCAUGAUAUCUUUCGGCUGUCGUGUGCUCGCCCGCACGGAUCGCUUCGGCGGGACCAUGUGGUGGGAUGAUUAUUUCAUUGUGGCGUCUUCCGCCGUUGCCUUUGCAGUGACUAUUGGGGCUGAGAUAAUGGUGAUAUUCGGCCUCGGCCAAGAUAUUUGGGAGCUCAAUCCAACACAGAUCACGAUUGUCCUAAUACUCUUCUACGUGGCCGAGUUCGCAUACGUUAUUGAGUCCUCGCUCACCAAGGUCUCGAUCGUGUGCCUUUAUCUCAGGAUUUUCCCCAAGCAGGGCUUCCGACGGCUGUGCUUCGGCCUACUGGGCCUGAUCGCAUGCUUCUGCAUCGUCUUCGUCGUGUCGCUGCUGUGUUACUGCCAGCCUUUCAGUUACGUGUGGACACGUUGGGAUGGACGCAUGCACGGGAAAUGUAUCAACAUGACGGCACAGACUUAUGUUUGCGCCGCUAUGAACAUUGUUCUCGACGUCUUCAUCUUCCUCUUGCCAAUACCGCAACUGCUAAAAUUGGAAACCAACUGGAGGGCCAAACUCGGCGUAAUCCUCGUUUUCCUCCUCGGUCUCUUCGUUACCAUCUGCUCGAUCGCCCGUCUGAGGUUCCUUUCCUCCUGGGCAUCGUCCACGAACCCGACUUACGACUACUCCGACCUGGCUGUGUGGUCCCUGAUCGAACUCUACGCCGGCGUCAUCUGUGCCUGUCUACCUGGAAUGGCCAGUCUGUUCCGCCGAAUCAAGCACCAGCAUUCGGAGAAGAAGUCGUCUGCGGCCAACAGCAUGGGGGGUUCACGGAUGUUCACAGGGGCUAGCAGCGGUCUGCGCUCAUUUGCGAAGAACGAUGCAGGCAUUGUCAAGACUACCAACAUAUCUGUCUCCUAUAACGUCAGGUCGGCCGACUCGCUCAGUGAUGAGGUUGAGCUGAUGGAUCGUGAUAUGGGAACGAGCACACAUCCAAACUCGAAUCCACCACCAAAGUACGCGCCAAACUACUAG